UUUGCAUCCCAUUUUUGUUUUAUUUUGUGUGAGAAUUUAAUUCUCUCUUCAAUUAAUUUACUUGAAAAGGAAGGAAGAAAUAAACAAAUUUUUGUUCUUUGCUUUCCUUUUCUGCUUAUUUAUGUGGAUGAUGAUUAUCUGAUAAUCAUAUAAGAGAAACUAAUUUUAUUUUCCUUUUCAACCUUAUGGCAGCUUGUUCUAAUAGGAAGUAAUAAUGGUUCUCUGCUACCUGCAGAAAUGUACUGGCAAUCCAUGUUGCCAAGCACCCCGAUGCCCGAAGCUAUAUACCAGCUUAUACAGCCCGGAAAUAAAAGCACAUUUUCUGAAGUAGAGGUUGGUGUUGCACUCAAAGAAUCAUCCGCGCUGCCUAGGAUAGACUAUGAUAUUGGCUAUACGGAUAAAGGAGCUGAAAAAGUUACCAUGGCCAAUUCUACGACUAUAUUCUUCUUAUAUGAUGAUCUCCUUCCUGGCAAAAGAAUGAUGCUUGUUUUCACCAAAUCAACAAGCAGGUCCAGUUUUUUGCCACGUAAAAUUGCAGAAACUAUUCCCUUUUCAAGCAAUAAGUUUUCAGAAAUCUUGAACUAUUUGUCAAUAAAACCUACAUCAAAGCAAUCUCAAAUUAUGAAACAAACAAUUGAAGACUGUGAGACACCGGGAGUCAAGGGAGAAGAUAAAUAUUGUGCCACAUCUUUAGAAUCGUUAGUUGACUUUGUCAUUGCAAAAUUAGGAAAAGAAGUCCAUGCACUUUCUAAUAAGGGAGAAGAAGAGGACAGCAAACAAAACUAUACCAUUCUAAAGGAGAUCAAAAUGAUGGGAGGCAAUCAAAUAGUAUGUCAUAAGAUGAGAUAUGUUUAUGCUGUAUUUUACUGCCAUAUAAUCAUGCCAACAAUGGUUUACUUGGUUCCAUUAGUGGGUGACAAUGGCUGCAAGGCUAAAGCAGUUGUUAUUUGCCACACAAAUACAUCAUCUUGGAAUCCAGAGCACUUUGCUUUUCGGGUCCUAAAAGUUAAGCCAGGAGGACCCCCAAUUUGUCACUUUCUUAAUAGUGAUACUAUUGUUUGGGUAUCUAACUCAAUUUAGAAAAGACUAGCUGCACACCCUUGAGUGAACAAUUGUUAUAUACUUCCCUAAUGUGAGGAAUGAUUGUACUUGGAA